AUGGAAUGUGCAAAAAAUAUCAGGAGAUACUUAUGUUAUACUUAUGUUCUUCCAGACUAUGUAAUAAUUCAAGGAGGUAACAGCUUUACCGAGGCUGGACUUGUUGUCAGUGGUCCAGCAACACUUCCUCAAAUUAAAGUUCUAGGGCAGGGUGAAUGCAAAUAUUGA